UCCACAUACGAACGUGUGCCGAGUGACGUCAUGUUUUGAAUCCGCGCGAAUCCGGUCUGACGUCCGCAAACGACACCAGAGGCCGACCAAGUCCUUCGCUCCAACAAUGAUCCCCAUACACUGUUUAGGGAGAUGUCCCCUAUGGAGACCAGUAAUGAAGCUUAACAUCCCAGAACUUUCUUCAAGACCUCAAUCAUAUAAAGGAGUGCGUGUAUUAGUGCCUAGGUUUCUUCAAACAUCUGCAAACUGGAGGUUCAAAGAAGACAAUAAAACUGCCUUGGCUGUGUUGGAUAAUGUCAAGCAGGUACGAUAUUCUCCAACCCCAGCUCUGGUCCUUGGUUUUUCAGGUUUGAUACCCUUUGUUGCAGCCCCCCUUUACAUAGCAUCCUCAGGAGUUUUCAUGCCUGAAGUGGCUGAGGCACAGUUGUUCUAUGGGGCUUCCAUCCUUUCCUUCCUAGGCGGUGUGCGGUGGGGACUGACCCUCCCCGAGGAGAGUGCACAGCCCCCAGAUUGGUAUAACUUAAGCUACAGUGUCACCCCAUCACUCAUAGCUGUGUCAGGACUUCUGAUGCCACAGACCAUGGGGAUAUUGACAAUUAUUGGUGGCCUGGGGUUUGCUGGGUACAUGGACCUUGCCAUGUGGGGUUACCCGACCUGGUUCAAAGGACUAAGGUUCUGCCUGACCUUUGUAGCAGUGCUCUCUCUUUGGUCAAGUUUGAUGUUCAAAUUUGUGCUGGAUGAGGCCAACGCCAAGACUAAAGAAGAUAGUAAAGUAGAUAGCAAUGUAUCUUAGAUGAUUAUAUAGGAAGUGCUUAUUCAUAGAAAAAAUGAAAAUGUAUAAAUAUGUAUGUAUAAAUAUGUAUAUUCUGUACAGCUGGUAUAUUUCAUUAAUCCUUGUAUGAUUUGGUAAAGAGCAAACUAAUUAUCAUUCUAAACUGAGGCAUUUAUUUGUAAAUAUUUAUUAUUUACAUUUAUAAGUGUUAAGUUUUUUAUAAUUAAACAGAAAGGGAAAAUGGCAAUAUCUCAAUAUUUAGAACCCAAACCUAGUCUCAAAAAUGCCAUUUAACCUCUAUCAGUGCACUCCAGUAUUAUUUUGAGACAGACAAACAGACAAAUAGUGGACUAGUGCUUAAUAAAGGCUUUAUAAAAGGAGUGAUACUCUUUAUGUACAAUAAGAUAUGCAGUAACAGUUGUUCCUGAUUAGAAUCCAGUUUUUUUCACCAUAAUACCGAUUCGUAACAUAUAAAGCAAUUGUACUUAUCUCUCCAUUUUGUUAAGAGGUAUAUAAAUAAAACAACAGUCUAAAUCAUAUUUGUAUUAGCAACAUUACAUUUUGCAACACAUAAUACCUUUUCCACAUACAUUCUUGCUUCACUCAACAAUAAUUUGAUUUGAACAAUAUUUAUAUAAUUAUAUACAGAUAAAGAAAAAGAAAAUGUUUGAAGACUUGGAAAGAUUUGAUAUUAAUCACUUUGACAGUAAUAAAAGAGAAGCCAUAACUAUAAUUAGCUGUUCUUAUACCCUAAAUCUGAAUUAUUAAACAUACAUUUCAGAGACUGAACAACUUUACAAGAAUUUCAUUUCUACUCUGUUAAAGAACAGAGAUUCCAACAAGAGCAGGCACUCAAAUAAGACACUAAUUUCUGCUUUAGUCAGUCAAAUAAAAGCUUAUAUUCACAUUCCUGUGAAUUUGUAAAAGCAACCUUCAUUCAAGCAUACAUUCAUUUUAUAAAUGUAAACGAUUAUCAAAUUGUAAAUUAUCUGAGAUGGCCUGUUUUUAUAUUUGCAUACCAAUCUUCAUUUUGUCACAGUGGGACAAAGCUGAGACAAAUUUCAGAGAGGUAUUGCAUUAAUUUCUUGACACAGAGGCUAAUGUUACAGCCAUUCAGGUACAUCUUUGGGCGAUGUAUAACAAACAUCUUUUUAUUAGCAAUCCGGGAGAGGGGAGGGGGGGAAUGUUUCUCUAAAGCCAUAAAUAAUUAAAUUUCAAAUGCAUAUUCCUAAGUGGCACAAAAAAAAAUCAUAUAUAAGAAUAUUAACUAUAUCAUAACUUCCUUUAUAAUAAAAAAUAUUUGGUUGUCACAAAAAAAAAAAA